AAAAGCGACCCUAGUGAGAAGAAGGGGCUUGUGGACGAGUUAAUGGGUCGGCUUGGCCGCAUGGUCCUCGGGAAGGAAUCAAAGCACUCCAAGACUUCGAACCAUCCUCAAGGCGCAUUUGUUGGCGGAUUCGGACCAGGAGAUGGGUCGCAAAGACCUCAUGUUUAUCCUCAGCAGGGCUAUACUUCGCCGUUUCCGCCACCUCUGCCUCCGAAACCUCAAAUGGCUAUGCCCGAGCCCAUGUAUUUUGACGCGGCGGGGCCAGGGCCCUCACUCACGACACAGUUCGCCCUGCAACAGCUCAACGGGCAGAGCGUACCAAAUCUUCCGACACCUCCCGUUCUCCUACGUCCUCCUGCAGACGCUCCCCUACGCCCGCACUCCGACUCUGAUGUCCCCAGGCCGCAUGCGUCACCGCCCGAGACGCGUCCUAGCGCCUCUUCCCCCGCGACCCCUCCGAAGUCCACAGACAAACUCGAUGUGUCUAGUUCGCCGACAAGCGGACGCGGUCGCAGAAAAUCGUCACCGGGCUCUAUGGACGGCACUGUGCUGUGCAGUGGGACGACCAAGGCCGGCGAGCGGUGCAAGAACUCCGCAAAGCGGCCGACGGCGCUGGGUCAUCUCGACUCGGACGCAGACCAAGAGAUCGAGCGAUACUGUCAUGUGCACAUGAAAGAAGUUCUCAAGCCGAGCGGGUUCCAGUCGCCGUGCGUGAACGAGUGGGUGAGCUACGACGAUUGGAUACCGCUUUACCUGCAGGAUGACACGCGCGCUGCACUGCGAUUUGAGAUGAACAAGCCUGCGUCUGCGUCAGACCGCGAUGGGUACAUCUACACAUUCGAGAUCCGCGACACGGCGAACCCCGACAGCGUGCAUCUCAAAGUCGGGCGUACGGUGAACCUCGUCAAGCGCAUCAACGAGUGGUCGAAGCAAUGCGAAUCUAAGGAGCAAGUCCUCCGCGGGUACUGGCCGGGCGACGGCACCGACGACGCCAGCAAUCUCAUGAAGGGUCGCGUCAAGGUCGGCGACCCCGGGAAGUACUGCUAUCGCCUCGAGCGACUCAUCCACCUCGAACUUGCAGAUUUGAUCGUUAACCGGCCGUAUCUCUUAUCCGGGUAUCCCAAGUUGACUGAGGCUCCCGAGCGCAAUGCGAAACCUCCGCCGAAGAGAAAGUGUCCUGAUUGCGGGAAAAUGCAUAAGGAAAUUUUCACCUUCUCGCGAAUUACCAAUGGGAAACGCAAGGGGCGAGAGUACGAAACGAUCGUCAAGCCAGUAGUUGAGAAGUGGGGAAGAUAUGUUGAGAAGUACGUUGACAGGCCGUCGACGACUUAGAGCGAAUGGCGCAUCUCAUUUAUCUACGAAUCAUCAUCGUUGUAUCUCAUGUUUCAGGCUGUAUAUUAUCACCACAGCAUAUACUGGCACACUAUCAUGUAUCAGCUCGCAUAGGUUGUAUGUAUAACGACAGGAU